CGUCGUCUUCCUCGCAACUCCGUCAUCUGUUAACGCUAGCGGACAAAAAGCUCGUCUGCUCUGCUGCAACCAAAUUGCGGCCAAUGUCCUUUAUCCUCACCGGACUUGCUCUCGCGUGGCCGCCACGCGUCCUUCCAAGCUUCCUCUGUCCGAGUAUAACCCCCUCCAUUCCUUUAGACUACACCACAGUCGUCCAUUGCUCUCCCAAUCCUCCUGUGUUAAUAGAGUGAGGGAGAGAGAAAGAAGAAGGUUGUUGGAAACCCAAGCGACAUGGAUCACGCGGCGGAUGCUCGUCAGACGGACCUGAUGACCAUUACAAGGUAUGUGCUCAAUGAGCAAACGAAGUACUCGGAAUCCAAGGGCGAUUUCACCAUCCUACUUAGCCACAUCGUUCUCGGUUGCAAGUUCGUCUGCUCGGCCGUCAACAAGGCUGGUCUAGCGAAACUCAUAGGACUUGCUGGGGAUACGAAUAUCCAGGGAGAAGAACAAAAAAAACUAGAUGUUCUUUCUAAUGACGUUUUUCUGAAUGCUUUGAUAAGUAGUGGGAGAACAGCCAUUCUUGUCUCGGAAGAGGGUCAGGAAGCAAUAUUUGUGAGUCCGCCAUUCCGUGGAAAAUACUGCGUUGUAUUCGAUCCGUUGGAUGGUUCCUCUAACAUUGACUGCGGUGUCUCAAUUGGAACAAUAUUUGGAAUCUACAUGUUGAAAGGAUCAGAUCCAAAAAUUGAGGAUGUUCUGCAGCCGGGGAAAAAUAUGCUAGCUGCUGGUUAUUGCAUGUAUGGAAGCUCCUGCAUGCUUGUCUUGAGUACUGGUAAUGGUGUAAACGGUUUUACUCUGGAUCCCUCUCUUGGGGAGUUCAUAUUGACUCAUUCUGACAUACGGAUACCGAAGAAAGGAAAAAUUUAUUCAGUGAAUGAAGGAAAUGCCAAAAAUUGGGAUGUUCCAACUUCAAAGUAUGUUGAGAAUUGCAAGUUUCCUAAGGACGGCUCAUCUCCCAAAUCACUUCGUUAUGUUGGAAGCAUGGUUGCUGAUGUCCAUCGAACUCUUCUAUACGGAGGCGUAUUUUUGUAUCCUGCUGAUGAGAAGAGUCCCAACGGGAAAUUACGUGUCCUGUAUGAGGUCUUCCCAAUGUCAUUCUUAAUUGAACAAGCAGGUGGCCAAGCCUUCACCGGAAAGCAAAGG